CUACCUUUUGUAGCUUGAUAGAUUUUUAUUAGUGUAGUAUUUUGGUAGUUUGUUAUUAUUUAGCUUGGUAUUAUUCUAAAAUGAAGUUUUUUCUGUAGCUGUGCACAAACCCUAGCAAUGACGGCGCUGAAAAGCGAAGCCAACAAACUGAUGAUCUGAUGGUGGCGUGGCGUGAAUUUGUGAUGACAGUGGUGAAAUUGCUACCCGACCACGUGAGCGACCACCUCAAGGGUCACCUCACCCUGCUACUCAUCAAUGCCCUGGCCGCUGAGAUGACCUCCAUCGUCAAUAUGAACGCCAUUGUUGGCCUCUCAGAAGCUGGCCUCAUGCUCAUCUCCAUGUGCAAAGAGUGUCGCACUAAGAAAGGUUGUAUGGAGCAGAUGGUGCGAAUUUUGUCGAAAUUAUCUCAGCAUUACAUCUACAUUAAACCGAAAGCAAUCACAAUGAUAUUGGCUUUUUCAGCUCGAUUACUAGAUGCCAGUCCUGUUAUUCUACCAGAAGAUGGAAUCGAGGUGUUAAUGGAGUCAGUGUGUGAAAUAAUAGCGAUUGAAGUUGAUCUAUUCAUAAACUCGUGUCAGGACCGAAACAAACCCAGCAAGAAGACUGACAAGUUGACGCUAGCUCUGUGUUUGGCGCUCAGAUUGCAGGCUCUGCUUGAGGAUCAUAGCAGUCUUGUUAAAACUUGGACCAAGAUAAUUCGCUCCAUGAAAUUUGUACAGAGACUGAUAUCCGCCAUAGCAACGUCAUUAAAGUGCCAAAUUGAGCCAAAACUGUGCCUUUUCAUGCUGGAAUUUCUUUUGGCUCUUACAAAUAAAGAGUCGCUUUUCAGACACAUUGACAUGUUCGAUCUCAACUACUACAUAUGGGAGAAUAUCCCACAAUGUACAGCAGGAUAUCCUAAUGAAACAAAAGCCGACUUGAAUAGUCAAUGGAAGCCAGUUUACUGCAGAGGUUUUGAUUUAGUCACAUUUUUGUUAGAAAAUAAUAGCCGCUGGAUAAGAGCAUCCACUUAUGACUUUAUUGAAUUACAUCAAGAUUAUUUAGAAGAACUUCUAAAACUGUUACAGGUGUCUGAUGAUGAGAUCGAUCUUGAGCUAGUAUCUGCUGGUUUGAGACUAUUGAGUCACAUUAUAUCCGACAACGUAUUUUCAAAGAAAUCCAGAAAUCAAAUAUCAAGGCUCAUGACGAGUGUAUAUGAGUGUGUUGGUGUUGUAGUGAAUCUGCUUCUACACCCGAACACACUUAUAUCGCAGUUCUACCUUCCACAUCCAAGAAAGCCGUUGCCGUUGCCUCUGGAGAACAAGCCACUUGAUCAAACCACCAUAAAAAAGGCUCAGAGUGCACAAAUCAAAUUGGUAGAAAUCUAUUGCGAGUGCAUAACAGUUCUUGAUCAACAUUCGCUGGAUCUGAAUGACGUGAUAACUGCCGAUCGACUGGGAGUCCCCCCCUGGGCUAUGCAGCCCCCCCUCGACAUGCUCGAGCCCAUGGACGACUUCUCUGUCAUACUCAACGCCAUCAACCUAUUCACCAGAGUAUUGACUAAGAGUAUGCGUGCUUCUACACCAGUAUCAGGAGAAACAGAAGAUGUGAGUGGCUCUCUGUCGAAGCUGACUGCUGUCAAGCACGAAGACAUCAGAUUUGCGCUUGAAAUAUCAAAUCACCUAUUGAUAUCUAGGAUUCUCUUGAUUAUUGUCGACGAUCGUCUUACUUUCAGACAAAAACAGCUCUUCAUAAGAGAUUUAUCUUCUGAAUUGAACAUGCUUCUAGAUUAUACUCGAAGAGUUAAGAUCGAUCCAAGACUUGACAGAUUGGCAAGUGAAGACUUUGAAGACAGUGCAAGUGGCAAUGUCCACAAACCACUCACAUGGCCUGAUCCGCCAACUGAGCCACAACCAAAUUAUGAGUCAGCGAAUUCUUCAAGAAAUAGUGUAAGAAGAAAUAUGUUUCCAGAUGAGGCUGGCUCUGCCUGUGAUGCAGCUCAAAUCGACUCUGAUCCAACAGAAAUCCUGCAGAUGGACUUUUCAGCGUUUGCUGUAGACGUUUUGCAAAUGUUUUUCAAAAUGAGUGAAAAAAGAGCCAUUAAUGUGUGAAUUUGUGAUGUUCAUCUUUCAAUUUAGAACUAGUGUGGGUGAAACCUAAUAGGCCUAUUUCUACUCAACUCGGAAUAAAAAUGGUGCUAGCUUUGACUGCCUGCGGUGGAUAGCUGGGGGAGAGUUGCCCCUUCCCCUUCCACCAGCCACAAGUGUCAAUCAUUUUCCCUACUACACGUGCUGGAAGUUGCACUUUCCCUCCUCCCUUCCUCAUAAGAGGAGAAGAAGAGAAAGAAGAAGAAAAAGAAGGGGAAGAGGAGGAAAAGAGAAAGAAAAAGAAGAAGAAGAAGGGGAAGAGGAGGAAAAGAGAAAGAAGAAGAAGAAGAGGGAGAAAAAGGAGAAGGAGAAGAGUAGGAAGAAGAAAAAGAAGAAGCAUAAGAAGGAGAGGAAGAAAAAGAAGAAGCAGAAGGAAAGGAAGAAGAAGAGGAAGAAAAGUAGAAGGAGGGAAAGGAGAAGAGUGUUUCGCCCUUCCACUAACCUUUGUACCGCCCAUACGCCACAUAAGUGGGGGGGGGGGACUGCGCUCCUCCGCUGCAGUCAAGGCGCCAGCACCAUUCUUAUUCCGAUUCGAGAUUAGUAUACUAGGACAUAAUUUAUUGAAUGGACUAAAAGCAUUGUUGCAUGACCUGAUGACUUUUCAUUUUCUUCAUCAUAGCCUUAUUUUUGUUAAAACAUAAAAAUAUCAACCAUUGAUUGAAGAUAAUUUAUUAUUACAGUACCUUUAUUUUACCUACUUUAUUCUCAAGUUAAGUCAGUAAAUUAUCUAUUUAGUCAGUAAACUCGAAUUAAUUAUCACUGUAUAAUAAUAAAUAAUUUUUCAUAACUCGUAA